UGUGCCUACUUCGAUGACCGUUUCUUACAUAAUUUUUGCUUCGAUGCAGUUUCAACUCCGAUGGGUCAGGGUCGAGUCAACCAGCUCGGAGGAGUUUUCAUCAACGGCCGGCCUCUACCGAACCACAUUCGGCAUAAGAUAGUAGAGAUGGCCCAUCACGGGAUCCGACCGUGCAUGAUAUCCCGCCAGCUCAGAGUCUCUCACGGAUGCGUCUCCAAAAUCCUGUGUCGGUAUCAGGAGACUGGAUCCAUCCGGCCUGGAGCAAUCGGCGGGAGUAAAUCCAAGACUACAUCUCCAGAUGUGGAGAAGCGCGUUGAGGAAUAUAAACGGAAAAAUCCCGGAAUAUUCAGUUGGGAAAUUCGGGAUAAACUGCUCAAAGAGGGAAUUUGUGACCCGGACAACGUACCAUCAGUGAGUUCAUUAAGCCGCAUCAUGAGAGGCAGAUAUGGUGAGAGAGGUGACGAGGAGGAGGUUGAGGAUGAAGAGGACAUCGAAAAGCAUGAGCAAGAAGAAAUCGCCCGCAGGAGCGGACACAGUAUCGAGGGGAUUCUAGCAGACAGAUCGAGUCCGUCUGAUGACGGUUCAGAGGUGGAAUCUGAGCCCGAUCUGCCGCUGAAAAGGAAACAGCGGCGCAGUCGAACAACCUUCACGGCCGAACAGCUGGAGGAGCUGGAGAGAGCUUUCGAACGCACACAUUACCCUGACAUCUACACCAGAGAAGAGCUCGCUCAGAGAGCUAAACUCUCAGAGGCACGAGUACAGGUGUGGUUUAGUAACAGACGAGCUCGUUGGAGGAAGCAAGCGGGAGCCAAUCAGAUCAUGGCGUUCAAUCACCUGAUCCCUGGUGGGUUUUCACAUCCGGCUAUGUCCAGUCUCUCCCCGUAUCAGCUGUCAGAGAGCCCGUACCCACCCGCUGGCCUUUCUCAAGAUUCGAGCACUGUACACAGACCUCAGCCGCUCCCGCAUCAUCACAGUCCAGGAGGGGCGGGGCCGGAGGGCGGGGCUUCCUACUGUCUCCCGAGUCGCCAUGGUUACGCAGGAUAUUCAGAUACCUGUGGACCUCAUAACAGUCACGCUAACUCUUCCAUCAAUAAUGGACUGUCUUCUCAGGUUAUGGGACUGAUAACGCCAGCUGGAGUCACACACCAGAGCCAGGCUGAGUUUUCUCUGGAGUCGUGUGUAUCCGUGAGCAGCUCGUGCUCUCAGCGCGUCGAGAACCUGCCGACUCUACCUGUCCGCUCCAACCUGCCCAGUCCUCCGUCUUACGGCCCGGCCUCCUUCUACAGCACAGAGCACAGCGCCCCCUACCAGUACAGCCAGUAUGGACAAAGUAAGAUUCCUUUCAUUAUCUGAGGCCUGAAAUUGCCUGAACGGGUCGCGCAACUCAACUGU